UUCCCACCCUCUUCGGUUCUCUCCGUCUCCAAGAACGUGGAAUUCACAUUGCAUUAUAACCUCGGCGGCCCGCGCAAUGCCGGGAUUUCUUCGCGCCUCCGCUUGCUGCAUGUGUGGCCGUCGAAGUCUCCGGGGGACAACAGGAUCUACAAUUACUGCACUCUUUGGACCGACGAAACUGUUACCGGAAUGGCGUGGUCUACGCAGGGUAUGCUGAUUCAGGGCGUUUCGCCAACUUCGAUGGCUGCUGGGAUUCGUCGUAAUCUCUCGGUUGGGAUGAUAUAUGUCAUAAAGUCCUUCGCUCUGAGCAAUCCGCCGAAUCAGUAUCGGUCGUGUUCUUUUGAUUUGGCUUUGGGUCUUUCGCCUUCGACUUCUUUCCUGCCCUGUGCUCUUCCUGUUGAGAGUUUCCUGGUUGAUGCUUACGAGUUUGUGGUUUUCUCCCAGUUAAGUAUUCGUGCCGGUAAUCAUCGUUACUUGACAGAUGUUGUUGGCAGACUCCAUUCGAUCAGUGGGAUAUCCCACAAGAUCACCAAUAACGGUCCCGCUGUCAAGCAGACGGUUAUUAUUGAGGAUGAAAGUUCGGCCGCUACUCGCGUAGCAGUCAACCCGCCAGUACCUAAGGCUUAUUAUCUUGCAUCUAGGUUUGCUGAGAAACACGAGACUGUUGCGUCCCUGCCAGUUGAGUUUGCUACUGCUGCUGAAGCUACAACUGAUGUAGAUCGUCGCACCAAGACUUUGGGGCAGUUGGUGGCCUUAUCUAGGACGAACUCCUCGCUGCUACUAGCUCUUGCUUACACUGAGGGACGACUCUUGCGAGGCUCGCUUUACACUGAUGGGGGGGGGGGGUGUGCGCUUGCGCUGGUCAACGUUUCUGCUGCACACCUAGCCCAGAGGUUUCCCCAUCGUCCUGGUCAGCUGCCCCCACAGUUGCAUCAAUUGCGAGGGCAAUAUGUCAAGUUUGACUGUAGAUUGCCGUUGCCGGGCCCUACUGGUUUCUCUUCGGGUGAAUUCCGUGUUACCCAGGUCGUCCCUCUUGAUGAUCCUAUGGUGGUGGGUGAUUUGCUUGAGUUUUCUUCGCCACGGCCGCCGGCUUCUCCCUCUUUGGGUGCAGCAAGUAGCGUGGGAGGCCCAUCGGGUUCAUCGAGGGCUGCGAAGGAAAAGGAAAAGGUUUCAGAUUCAAUCCCUAUUGAAGCAUCAACUGUGCCAUUUAACAUCGCUGACCAGGAGGAUGUAAUUGAGAGAUUUUCUAGCCCUGCGCCCAGGAUUUUGCGGGAUCCUAUUCCUGUAAAUGUCGGAGGUGAGGAUAUUGAUGCUGCGUCGCGGGUUCUCGGCGAUUCGCAGCUUUCAGUGAUGGGUGUACAGGUGGGGUCCACCCUACCUGCUGCAACUAUGGUCGCGUCUUCUGCAGUCCAAUCCAGCGCUCCAUCCACCCAGUCUGCUACUUCGAUGGUCCCCAGGCGAUCAGCCAGGAUUGAUGAGUCGAUGAGUUCUCAAGAUGUUGGUCGUGAUUUAUCUAUGCCUGCUUCAAAGAUUCUCAAGCCUUCCCCUGAAUCAUCUCCUGGGAAGCCCUUAGGUUCAACCGCUGCCCCGCCUUCGGCAUCGCUGUUGGUCUCUCCACUCACCAAGAUAAAAGUGGAGAAAUUGGAUGCUGCCGAUGUCGCUCAAGUUUCACAUGGUGCUCCCUCGCAGGCAGGAGUUAAUAUGGAAAGGGAUUCUUCAGUGGAUAGUUUGAAAAAUUCGGCAGCAAAGCGAACUGAUCUAUGUUCGAUGGUGCCCUCGGAGUCGUAG